AUGCAUGCAACUAUUCGUACUUCCCUCUAUGGUUUUUGUGAUGCCAGUCAGAAAGCCUAUGCCGCUGUGGUUUACGGACGCACUAUUGACAAUGAUGACAACGCCAAGAUAUCCUUGCUUACCGCGCGCACCAAGGUUGCGSCGCUGAAAGGAGCCACAAUCCCUCGACUGGAACUAUGUGGAGCUCUUUUAUUAGCCAAAACAAUUUGUAAUGUUCGCAAAGCGCUYAGUUUAGAGGAUACCUCUGUUCACUUACUGACGGACUCCAGUAUUGUGUUGAGUUGGAUACGCAAACAGCCAAUGAUGUUAAAGCCAUAUGUUGCUAAUAGGGUUCGGCAAAUACAACAAUUGACGUCAUUAGAUUGGUGGCAUUAUGUACGUUCAGCGCAGAAUCCAGCGGAUUGCGCCAGCCGUGGUGUGACCCCAUCAGAGUUGCUGAGCCAUCACUUGUGGUGGUCGGGCCCAGAUUGGUUACGUCAGRAAACAACCCCAUUUCACCAGGCACCGGAGUUACAAGCUGACGAACGUAUAACUAUGCAGAUUGAAGAGAAGUCAAGAGUUUUAACCUUCGCAUCGUCAAUUAGAUUGCAGCUUAUCACCCGACGUAUAGAUGGACAGCAUAUUCCACUAACACAGCGCUUUAGUUCUAUCAGACGACUUCUCAGAACUACAGCUAUAGUUCUGCGCUGGUUACCAAGGCAUCGCCAUUUUCGACAACGGCUUGUUACAACCCCAGAGACGGAUAACGCGCUUGAAUUGCUCAUUCGGAUUGAUCAAUCAUCCGCGUUUCCUCAAGACUUACGUUGCUUGCGCGAAGCAACCAACUUAUCAACCUCCAGCACACUACUAGCAUUUAACCCCUACAUAGAUGAUCACGGUAUCAUCCGAGUAGGCGGCCGCAUUCAUAGAUCAGCAUUGGUAGAAGAACAUCGUCAUCCAACUAUACUUCCGAAGACUAGCGAUUUAGUUAGGCUGCUUGUACACCAAACUCAUAUCGACAYCCUUCAUGGCGGUACACAGCUGAUGCUGCAGAUCCUACGCUACCGCUAUUGGAUUCUUCAUGCAAGGCAAGUUGUCCGCAGUAUGGUACAUCAAUGUGUGAUUUGCAGAAGACAUCGGGGAGUUACCAUUACUCAACAGAUGGCCUCAUUACCACGACAUCGGGUCAACGUAUCUCGGCCAUUUUUGGUGUCGGGUGUAGAUUACUGCGGUCCAUUUUCACUCCGCAUUGGCACUAAAAGAUCUCGCAGUACAGUGAAAACUUAUCUGUCCGUUUUCGUAUGUAUGGCUACCAAAGCUGUCCACAUCGAGUUGGUGGAUGACUUGUCAUCAAAGGCGUUYAUAGACGCUUUCACGCGUUUUGUWAGUCGACGCGGUUUGUGUCGUGACUUAUAUAGCGACAACGCUACAACUUUCGUCGGAGCCAAUCGGAUGAUGAAGGAAGAUCUAGCCGCUUGGCACAGUGAACCGAAUCAACAAUAUCUCGCCAACGUUGGGACGACUUGGCACUUUAUAACCCCAAGUGCCCCCCAUCAAGGUGGAUUAUGGGAGGCUGCCGUGAAGUCCGCGAAACGACAUUUGGUUCGUGUCAUCGGUAAUCAGGCGAUGUGGCAUUCGCAGUUACAAACACUAGCGACACGAAUUGAAGCUUGUUUGAAUUCGCGUCCACUUAUACCGCUGACUGAUGACCCUGAGGACAAAUACGCGCUAACACCUGGAGACUUCCUCAUUGGCGCCCCACUUCUCGCAGUUCCAGAACCGACCGUGGCGGAAAUUCCAUCUAACCAACUAAAGCACUGGCAGUGGUUACGACGAAUCCAUCAACAGUUCUGGCAUCGGUGGAGUGAAGAGUAUUUGGCGACUCUACAAUCACGAA